GUGUGUGUGCGCGUAGUCAAGGACGUAUCCUCCCCUGAAGCAAAAGAAAGUCAUCAGAAAUAAAGACCAGGAAAGAAGAGAGAGAGGAGAGAGAGAAGAGAAAGAGAGAGGAGCGGAGCGGAGAGGGACCAGUGAAGACUCGUGUGAGAGGGGCCGCUGUGGUGGAUCAACAGCCAACCCGCCCCAUGGAGGGCAGUGGAGUGGCAGUGGAAGGGAGUGCAGAUGAUCAUGCAGGGAAGAAGAAGUCUCGUUUCAAGCUGCUGAAGAGCCGUCUGUUCAGCCGUCUGAAGAGGAAGGAGAACCAGGUGCUGAUGAAGCCCAGCCAGUCUGCUGGAGAUGUCGGCGCUCGGGGCGGCUGCGAAGGAUUCUCAGACUCCGAGGAAGACUGCUUGGACCCUGCUGGAAGUCUCGGGUCCAGAGCCCUGUCGCACGACAGCAUUUUCCUGGCUGACCAAGCCCCGGGCCCGGCGGAGCCGGCGAGGGUCCUGUCCCAGGAGAACGUCCAGGGGAAGAUCCGAGCCCUGCAGCUCAAACUGCAGCAGCAGAACAUGCGCCUGGGCCCGCCCCCGCUGUUGAUACCCGGGAAGAGAACGGAAGAUUCCGGAGCCACCUCGGAGGACGACGGUUUGCCCCAAAGCCCCCAGGACAUGUCCUUCCAUGACAGGGCCGGGCCACGCUCCCCCUCUAAGCUAACCGAGUCUUACAGACAUCACAGCUCUCUGAGUUUAGCAGGGACAGGAAGUGAGGAGGAAGAGCAGUGGUCCUCACAGCCCUCAUCCCGGCCUCUCUCUCCGGCCCCGCCCGGCCUCGCCUGCCCUGCCCCCUCCUCCGAGCAGGAGACCUCCCCUGGAGUAGACCUCACCAGUCCACUCCAGUACGCUCCCAGUCUGGACAACUCUGCUGCGCGCCACCGCAUGUCCGUCAAGCCCAGGAACCAGAGGGCCAGCGCCAAGGGAAGGAAAGUGCCCGCGAGGGCCAGCAGGCCUCGCUCGGAGAGCCUGAGCGAUCUGGAUAUGGCUCUGCCCGAGGGAGAGGAGGACAGAGAACCAGAGGGAGAACCGAACGCAGCACCUGACAGAGAACCGGAGAGAGAACCGAGGAGAGAGGAGAGAGCGGAGGAGGGAGAGAGAGAGAAGGAGAUGGCCGCCGGGACCCUUCCUGAAGAGCAGUUCUACUCCCCUGCCUCGAAGAAAGACAACGUCCCUGUCGAGCCUUCAGCUCCCCCUGCUGGUGAGGACGUUGUACUGCAGACGAUGUCCUCAGAGCCAGAGAGGAAAGUGACCACCAAUCCUCUCUUCCUCCAGAACAUUCCUCAGGAGACAGGUGUCCCCUCAGCAGAACCCAGUAGGGCCAAGAGUCCCACACCCACCUGCCCCACUUCCACACCCACCUGCCCCACUUCCACACCCACCUGCCCCACUUCAACACCCAGCUGCCCCACUUCAACACCCAGCCUCAAGGCUGUUGAAGAGCCCCAGAACCCCACCCAGCUGGUCCCAAGCCAGCCUGUCAUGCCUCACACAAUGUCUAGUCAGGGUAAGAGAGAAGUCGCUGCAUGUUUAGAGCAGGGGAGUAGGUCCUUAUCCCACAAGAGAGAGUCCGCCCCUCUCAACUCGGUUUCCGGGUUCGAUAACACUUCAAACACACGAGAGCCGUCCUCCAGAGUGAAGGCAGGAGAGACCCCGGGAACGACCUCCAUCUCUUCAGAGAGACCGAGGCCUGCUCCUCGCGCUCGGGGGACAGCAGGAACUGUCUCUGCAAGGACGACAGGGGCUCCACCGGAGCGGGCUGGAGGAGCAACACCACCACCUGCUGGUCAAGACGAGGAACUGCCCGUUGACGUUAGUUCCUCUCAUCGCUUCUCCGUCUCGUCAGCCAGACAUCGCUCCAGGAACGGCAGAGGCAGCCACCCUGGAGCGAGGCAGGAAAAGGGGGAGAGAGAGGCAGGAGAUCAGGACCAGGAAGUGAAGUCUGUUGAGGACCGGUCCAGACAGGUGAGAGGAAGCAGCCGCCGCCCUACAGAGAGGAGAGGAGGGCUGAAACAGCAGGAGGGCGUCCCAGGGGAGGGGGGGAGACAGAGGGAGGAGCAGAAACAGACAGAGAAGAAGGCAGCCAUGAUCACAGAGCAGAAGGAGGAUGUAGAGGAGGAGCGAGGCAGGUGGGGGGCUUUCGGCGCCAAGCUACGCCCCCCUUCCCAGUCGGUGAAGCUUCGCUCCGACACCAUCCAAUCAGAGGACAGGAUUAAGCGUCACAGCAUUGAGGUCAUGGCCACGGAGCCCCAGCCAAUCAAAAAAGAGGAUGAGGCCGGUUCAAAGGUCGGGAGGAAGGCAGCCGGGCCUGAGCCCGUCUGGAUGUCCGUUGCCAGAGAGAGGAGCAGGACCCUCCAGCAGCACCUCACCAGCCUGGUGCCCUCAGGCGAACCCCAGGACACGCACACUCAUCCUGGGGCAGCGACCCUGCCACAACAGCCUCCGAGACAACCAUCUCCAACACCACAGGCGAAGCCUCAGACAUCUCAAUCGUCCACCCUGCCCUCCUCAUCCUCCUCGUCACCCUCGAGUGUGCGGGUCAGGAACAGACGGCCGCUGAGAGACAGAUUGACUUCCUCUCCCUCACAAACACCAGACCACAGUACAGAUGGAACUGGGAAAGGUCAAGCCGGGACUCUCAACACAAAGUCUGAUGGAUCAUCAUCAUCAUCACCUGGGCCAGCGCUGUUGGCCUCACAGCUGCCAGACACUCAGAGUGAUCAGCCAUCUUGGAUGGAAGUUGCGAGGAAGAAGGCGAUGGCAUGGAAUGUCAAGACCAUGGACUGAGAGGGGGGGUGGGUUAUAUUUCAUUAAAGACUUCACAAGGCCUUCUGGUACUUUGGAAUCACUGUAACUAUAAUAUUAGUCUACUGUACUAGUAUUUAGUACUGAAGUAACUGAAUCUGUUUUCCCCCAAAAAACGAUCAAAUUGCAAUGAAAUGUCUGAUGUGUAUCAGUAACAUACCAUUCAAACUAGGAAACUAAACAAAAAAAUCUUAAACGUCUCGUCAGUCACACUUUUUUAUUAUGUUUUUCGUAUACAGCAAGGCUCAGAUAUCUGGGAGUUUGUGCAUUCCAGAAGUGAUGAACUUCCUGUGCCAUAUCAGACCACGCUAACAAAACACGACGACAUGAAAACACGUACUGAAAAAAACCCACCACAAAAGAAGACGAUAGUUCAGCCAUUAACCAACGAAGAAGAAGGCUCAGAUCGUGUCCCCCUGUUGGUUAAGGUUAAGAAUAGGGAUUCAGACCCCAGGUCACAGAUCAACUGGAAUUGAAGAAACAAAGGUUGCUACGAUCAUGGAUGUUUCCGAGGCCCCAGAUCAAACCAGUAACAAACAAAAGACUUUGGGCACAAUUA